AUGGCCGAGGCGGUGACCUACGCGGACCUGCGCUUCGCCAAGGGCGCCCCGCGCAAGAGCCGCCCGCCCGCCGACGGGCCCGCCGCCCCCCCGGCAGACGGCAGCGAGGGCGAGGGCGAGGGCGAGGGCGAGCUCACCUACGAGAACUGCCCGCCGGCCCGGCCCAGCCACCAGCAGCCGGGCGAGGCUGGGCAGGGGGCCCCGGCGGGGGCGGCCCUCCGCAGGACCCCCGACGAGCCGCCGCUUUCUCCUGCAGGGCCCGGGCGGCGGCGAAGGGGGCGCGUCCCGCUGCUGGCCCUGCUGGGCUCCUGCCUCGUCCUGGGGGCCACCUGCCUGGCGCUCGGCGUCCGAUACGGGCAGGUCUCCGGGGAGCUGCAGCGGGCAUCCCAGAGGCACGCGGCGGAGAGCGGCGCCCUGGGGCAGAGAAUCGGCAGCCGGGAGGAGGAGCUGGAGCGGUCCUUGGGGCAGCUCGACCAGGCCCGGGCCGAGCUCAAUGCCACCCGGCUGGCCCUGUGGGAGAGCUGGCGGGCGGGCAACGGCACUCAGCGGCAGCUGGAGCAGGAGCGGAGGUGGGCCCGGAGCAACCUGACUGUCCUGCAGCGGGACAAGGAGGAGGCCACCCGGCAGCUGGUGGAGACCAAGAGGGAGCUGGAGCGUGCCACAUCCUGCCAGAAGAUUAACUGCUGUCCCACUGGAUGGAAGCUUUUCAAUCAGAAAUGCCUGUGGAUUUCAUGGAAUAAGAAGACUUGGGGAAAGAGCAAGCAAGACUGUGAAAGCCAAUCAUCUCAGCUGCUGAUUUUAGAGCCCUGGGAUGAUGGCAUCAUAUGUAAUGCUGCGGUAAUAAUGACUGUCCUGCAAUCAGACAGGUUCUGGAUUGGACUCGAGAAAACAUGGACACAUCAUCAGGAAUGGGGAUGGCGUUGGGUCGAUGGCUCACGCUAUGAAGGGUAA